CCCCAAUUGAGAUUUUUCGGGGGUUGCCAGUGUACACACGCUUGACUUCUGACAACCUGAUCCCAAUCAGGAAACUAUCUCGUGGAGUUGGGCCUUUGGUCGGACCUUCCAUGGAACCUAGCCUUCAUUCCAGAGCCCUCUCACGACCCUCCGCCGCGUAAACUAAAUGGGUUGAAGGACUCUAGGACUAGCUUCCCGCAGCCUUCCCAAACUAAAACCCAAGUCGAAAGAAUGACGAAACGUCACAGCCAAUGGCCUUCCGCGGUGGAUAUGCCGCCUAUGAAACUGACCCCGACUGUGAGAGUUGGGGAUCGAUACCCCGAGAAAGAAGGUCCCACCAGCCCCUCGCUUGAUGCGAAGCAGUUCGACGAGUUAUGGGAGGUCGUACGACAAGACUCGGAUCGCCGACACGACACAACCGAACAGCCCAAAUUGGACACAAGGCCCAACGAAGGCUUUACACAAACGCAACUAGAGAAAGUUGGAUCCCGCGACCAGGACCCCGAGUUCUCUUCCACUUCGCUGAGAGACCUCUACCAACAUGUUAAAAGCAAUCCGCAGACGACUCGUUCGGAUAUUGAAGCUUUGGACAAUUGCGUUCCUCGUAAAAUCGUUGAGGAUGCCCGCGACCGAUAUCAAAACUGCGUUCGACUAGGGAAAGAUGAAGAGGCUCGUCAAGCCCUCGAUGAAGGCUUGAGGAAGUUGGAAGAGUACAAAGACGAUGACCACGUGGAUACGACUCCUUGGAAGAAAUCCAUAGCAGAGCUGCUGAUUGAUCAAGGCCGCAAGGAGGAAGCCCGAGACCUACUAUCGAAAUGCCCGGCCCAGGUUCGAGGUACGCAGACCGCACGGCCAGAAGCAAGCCUUGAACACCAACGCAUCGGACCGGAUGACCACUACCAAGAGCUGCGGAAUAUCGCGCAGAAUAUUGACGAUUUGGAUCUAUUUCGACGCGCGGAAGCUUGGGACAAGGCACUCGCAAGUGCUGGAACCCUAUACGAAAUUGAUCCAACCUACUUCGACCUGAAUCAUCCCGUUGCCGGCUUCGAUAAAAUACGACGAGUUCUCCAUUUGGGCUUACUUCAUGAAAUUGAUGCGGAGCAAACCAAGAAGCCGAACUGGAGAGGCAGACUCCUCUCCGGCGCCCUGGAGAUCUAUAACCACGGUUGCCGUGCUCCUGAACUUUACGAUGAGUUCUUGGAUCCCCAUGGAGCUAAUCUCUGGCUUUUCGAUCGUUCAGAGGGUGCGAACAUAUUCUUCUCUGCUGCUAGAAUCUGCACCUAUUUCGACAAAGAAGGCUUACUUGACGAAAAAGGCAAACCCGUAAUGCCACCGCAGUUCCGACCCACGCUCACUGGACGUGACUGGAGACGCCAAGCGCUGUACUUCCUUGAACAAGGCCGAUCGCGAGCCUUACUGGAUUCUAUCAGUCGCGGAACGGCCGUCACGGAUAGGCAGCGGAGACUCCUUCAGAGAAUGGUCAGAAAAGACCUGGCCAGGAACGACAUGGCCUCCAUUGCCGAUGCUGCCGUCAGAUCGAUAAAGAAGAGGGAAUCAUCGGUUCCCACGCCAGCGCCAACGCCACCAAGAGAUGAUUCCGAUCCAGCCGCCAAGCAUCAACGCCUACCUUGUGUAGCUGAGCAGGAAGGGACCAUGUCCGGGUGCUCCCGAAGACCCCAAAAACCGCCUUUUGCAAAGGAUGGCACCCCAUUGCUAUCCGUAGAGACGUCAAACAUAGUGGGAACCUCCACUAGCUCCUUCACAGCCUCCCCAGCCUCCGGGCUGGCCCCUCAUGCCACUGAAGCGGAGCUUCUCGCCAACAUGAAAAUUCAGAUAAGGUGGCGGAAAGCUCUCCUCUACGCACUCACGAAGAAUCCCACCAUCGGUGCCGUCUUACCCAGUGAGAUUGAGGAGCUAUUACCAAGUAUACCUUCGGAUACCAUCGUUGUGGAGUACGCACUGGCCUCAGCGGCACCUUGCGGCGUAAUGACCAUAGUCGUUGCAUCAGACGGCGUAAGAGCAGCCGAGUGGAAAAAAAUAAACGCCGUCGAGAUACAGCAGUGCAUUGCCGAUCUGCGCGCAUCAAUGCAGUCGUCGCCAACCAGAAUGCGGGAGUCCACCAGAGCGAUUGCCCUACCCAGUCCCAGUCCACCUAGACCAGCCCCGAGACCAGCCGGCCCUGAACGGAAGCGCUCCGCCGUCUUUCAGGAGCACUUGAACAAACUUCUGCGCGAUGCCGUCGUCAGCCCCGUGGAACCUCAUCUGCGAGGAAAGAAGAAGCUAAUCAUCAUUCCUUCCGGCGACCUAGCCCACGUCCCAUGGAACAUCUUUUUCGACCGGCCCAUUACCGUCGUCCCGAGCCUGAACAUAUGGAGUCGUCUACAGAAUCAAGCAAACGCCACCACAUACCAAGACCCGCGCGUCUCCGUCGUUAGCAACGCGCCGCAAGACAAAGAGCGCGUGAAGAAGAACCUCCCCGCCCUGCGCGACAUCCCCUACUCGCGCAUCGAAGCCCUCUACAUCGCGAGACUGCACGCGCAAUGGCCCUUCAUCGCGGACGACAACGACCGCGAAGCCUUCGAAGCCGCGGCGAACGGCACCCAGAUCCUGCACCUGUGCGCGCACAGCACCUUCGACCCGGACUCGCCGAUGAGCUCGUCGAUCCAGCUCUUCCGCAAGCCGCUCACCAUGGCCGACUGGCGCGCGCUGUCCAUCAAAGCCGACCUCGUCGUCUUCAGCUCGUGCCUGUCCGGCAUCUCCAAGGCGUACGACUCCGGCAGCACGAUCGGCUUUGCGCACACGCUGCUCGGCACGGGGACCAGGGCGUUCAUGGGCAGUCUGUGGCCCGUGGACGAUGCGGCGACGCUGCUGCUGAUGGUCAUGUUCUACGAGGCGAUGCGGAAGCCGCUGCCGGCUGCGGAGGCGCUGUUCGAGGCGCAGCGGAGAAUGAGGAGCUUGACGGAGGCGGACUUGCUGGAGCUUAUUGAUGAGCUGGAGGACGUUGCGGAUGAUGUUGGCGUGGGGAGUUUUGUGAUUAAUCCUAGUUACUGGAUUGAGCAGCUGCGGAAGCUGGAUGUGAGGGAGCUGGCGGAGGAGAGAUAUUGGGCGGCUUUUGUGCUGACGGGCUAUGGGUCGAGGGCUAUCUACCCACCAGCCAUGGGGGAGUGAUGAAAUGACAGAAAAAAAGCCCCACCAAAGAACUCCCU